CUUAACUUACAAUGCGUUCCAUUCGAAGACACGCCACUCGCACGGCUGUAACUUUGUAUCCGAAUGGAUGUAAACCCCACUCCCAUCGGUUCCUUGACAUUGCCUCCCCGAAAAGCUGCCAUGUAGUCGGGGCACACCCGAGCGGAAAGCGAGACACCCCGAACUGCUUUCAAGCAAACAUUUUUUCUCAGAAGUACUCGUACGAGAUGUGGACGAGCCGCGCUUUUUUGCUGGCGAGUUUAUUCGCCGUUUGCUUCGGAAACCCGCACAAAUGCGACGAAGUGCGCAAAGUUUUUCACCUGCGGCAAAUUGGACCGAGCCAGAUGCUGCCUUUAAAUCCCAGGCCAGGCUCGGAUCUCCAAGUGUGCAGGUCUAAAAGCCAGACCUGCUGCACCAAAAAGAUGGAGGAGAGGUACCAGGUUGCGGCGCGGAGGGACAUCGAAAACCUCCUUCAGACCUCCAGCUCCAGUUUGAAGUUUCUCAUCUCGCGCAACUUGGCUGCUUUUCAAGGCACCUUUGAGGCUCUGAGGAGGCAGGCAGAGAACCACACCAACGCCCUGCUGCAGGAGUCCUACGGCAACAUGGCCGCUCAGGCCGAAGGUCCCGUGGGCGAACUUUUCACCGACGUUAGUCUCUUCCUGCUCGGGUCUGAGCUCAACGUUGAGGACUUUGUACAACGAUUUUUUGACACUCUCUUCCCGAUGGUAUUCAAUCAUUUCGUCAACCCGGGCCUCGGUGACCUCUCGGCAGGCUACACCGAGUGUGUAAGGUCAUCGGGACGUGAUGUGAGGCCAUUCGGUGGGACGCCCGCUUUAUUGGCUGAUCAGAUUGCUCGCUCUGGGGUGUCGGGCAAGCUUCUCGUCCAAGCUUUGCACCUCGGCAUUGAAGUCAUAAACACGACAGACUACUUGCAGUUGAGCCGCGAGUGCAGAAAAGCCUUGCUCAAGAUGCAUUACUGCCCCCAUUGCCAGGGCUUAACUCAGUCCAAGCCAUGCAUGGGCUAUUGCCUCAACGUGAUGCGGGGCUGCUUGGCAAGUAUGGCGGAGAUUGACGUCCACUGGAGGGAGUUUGUGCACUCGCUAGAGGAGCUGUCAGCUCGGAUGCACGGACCGCAGGAUUUGGAGCAAGUGCUUCUGGGAAUUCACACACUGCUGCACGAUGCUGUUGGAUUUGCGCGAAAAAACGGAGCCCGUAUCGCAACACAGGUGCACAAACUGUGUGGGACUCCCACCAGGAAGCCUGUGCAGACAGCCAGCAUCCAGCACAGCAGCCGAGAAUCCAUCCAUUUAAAAACUCCAAUCAAAGUGUCAGAUGACUCUCUUGCUGCGAAGAGAAGGGAAUUUCUGAACAGUCUCCGCCUCUACCGGACGUACUACGGUGGCCUUGCAGAUCAAUUGUGUGUCAGUGAGCUGGCCUCUGAUGAUGGGUUGUCCUGCUGGAAUGGAACCGACAUUGUGAAAAGCUACACUCUGCGCGUGGUGGGAAACGGGAUCAAGGCUCAAGCCGCCAACCCGGAGGUGAAAGUGAAAGGAGCCGACUCUGUCAUCCAUCAAAUCAUAGACAAACUGAAGCAUAUCAACCAGCUGCUGCAAGGAAAAUCCAUUCCCAAACUGGGGACGCUGGACCAAAUCGAAACGGGAAGCGGCGAUGCGGAAGCGCGUUACAGCGGCGACUGUGAUGAUGAAGAUGGCUGCGAUGGUUCCGGUGGCGCGGAGACGGAGAAGAACAUCCAGAGAGUCUCCAAAUUGAAUCCAGAUGCGUCAAGUGGUCACAAUCAUCACCAUCCACCUAUCGAGGAUUAUACGGUGAAGGUCCGAUCCGGGAGCAUCAGAAUGACUGGAUCCAUCGUCGCCAUGACGAUGCCUUGGUUACAUCUGCUCCUGGCGCUGUAACGAUUGCGGCUCUCAACCCCACAAACUGGAUUCUAACCUUAUUUAUCAAAUGAGGACACGUGGUGCUCCAACAUGCACCCACACGGGCAUUGCAACCACAUGGAAACCGAAAGACCUUUACCUUGUAUAUAAAAGGACACGGUCUCCUGUUUUUAUGCCCCCGAAGAGAAUUUUGUAACGUGCCACCUUAAUCUAUAUUUAUCAACCAUAUAUAGAGUAUAUUUUCUCAAAUAGAUCGAUUUCAAUGUGUGUCUGCACACACGAUAAAAUCUGCUCUUAUGUCUUCAAAAACGGGUUUACUUUUCAAUGGUCUGCUGUAACAACAAACAAGUCAAGUCAAGUCAAGUGAACAUUAUUUCUCGAGCACUUUCAAACAGCCAUCGCUGCAUACAAAGUGCUGUACAUGGAGCGAUUUAACAUGCACAAUAAACAGUAAGACAAAUCGGUAAUAAAGGCGGUAGAAAGCACCAAGCAGUAAAAUCAAGAACAAAUCUAAGUCAAGUCAAGUCAAGAGUAUUUCUCGAGCACUUUCAAACAGCCAUCGCUGCAUACAAAGUGCUGUACAUGGAGCGAUUUACCAUACACAAUAAACAGUAAGACGAAUCGGUAAUAAAGGCGGUAGAAAGCACCAAGCAGUAAAAUCAAGAACAAAUCUAAGUCAUGCUGAGUCAAACAACAACACCAAAAAAAACAUUUAGGAGAACCAAAGUAAUUCGAUUUUGAAGACAUGUAUUAUUAGCACUUUGAAAGUCACUAUGAGUGGCAGAAUAUUGAAAUGAAUAUUGCAAACAAGUUACUCGACGUUUUCACCGUCACUUUAAUAGCUAUAUUUAAAUGUUGAAGUGUGUGGCCAUGAUAGAGCCCAUAAAUUAAUUUCCACCACCUUUUAGACGCUGGAAGCGAGCCUGUUGGCAAAGAAGAAUCCAAUCUCUUCAACCCGUUACCUGACUCGACAUAACAAUAUACAGUAUGUAGAUUGUGAGCUGGCGGGGAUUUUUACCUCCGGCGAAAUGGGAAAAUGAUUUGUUUCACAAAUGCCAUGCAUGGCCGGUGAACUGUCGAGAGAAAAUUUGCUGCACGGAAUGAGAUGUGCAUUCUUGCUCACACUGGAUGUCCGAGGGAGAGAGAGCGCAGCUUAAGUGAUACGAUAAUAAUAUGAGAGAAAACACGGAACAAUAUUAGCAUUC